UGUGAAGUGAAGCUGCUUCGCGUCCUCGCCGCCGUAAUGAAAGCCGAGGCGUAAAGCUGUCCCGUGCUCGAAAAGUCCGCGUCGGCUGCCCCGACUCGAGAUUAGCUCCGUGAGCCGAGCUCGCUCGAGCGACUGUCGGAUGAGCUUUGACCGACUGUCGCCCGAGAAGACGCUGCUGGGGUUAGCAUGUGAGCUAACACGACCCCGGGGUCCACGUUAGCGGGAGACGAGCCGCGUCAGCGCGGCUCCGGGCGGCGAGGGGUUCUCCCCGCGCUGCUGGUGGCAUCGAGAGCAGCUUCUGACCCCGGCUCAGUCCUGUCGUGUGUAUCCGCACACCCCUCCGUGUUCCUGGCUCACUUGCGGCUUUGCGUUGAUGCAUGUUUUGAACGUGCCAAUCCGAUUGUGUGUCGUUUCUGCAAGCAGGGCGUUUUGAGUUCAAUCGCAAUCUUGAAUCCUCGGUCUACUGUAACAUGUCAGUUUCCCUCCAGCCCGGGCGCAAAUGUGGAGCUCACAGACUGAAGUUAAAGACAAAUGACGGGGGAAUUAGUGGUUUUUAUACAUAUACUGUAUGUUGUGCUCUGCAACUAACUUAUAUACACUCACUGAGCAUUUUAUCAGGAACACACUGUACCAACACUGUGCAACGCCUCCCUACUCCUCUUCAGUUUUUUCGUGACACUGAUUCCUCCAGUGGCCCCGAGAGCUCACAGCACUGCGACUGGAGGAAAAAAAAGGCAUGCAAAUAGACAAAGCACAAGCAAAUUAAGAAAAGGUCUUCAUCAAUUCGAGGCGACGUACGCAGCAUUUAGAAAACACGCUGCAAACACCGCAACGCAAUUGAGAAAAAUGCGCUAUUAAGGUUCUCUUUCCGUCAGUGGUGUUGGAAAAUUAAGGUAAAAGAGUGAGUGUGGGAGCAUCAUGUGGAGGAAGGCUUCCGCAGCGGCCCUGCUGGCGCUGGCCGUUGGCUACUUCUACAACGGCGGCCCGGACCUGCCCGAGCAGAUUUUGCAGUACAUCAACCUGCCGGUCUUUCGGUCAUCGUCUCACAAUUUGAGCGGGGAGCAGGUGAUCUCUGCUGCCUGGGAAGCUCUGAUAACGUUACCGACCCGGCGGUGGAGCAAAGUGGCCGUAGGUGUGAAUGCCUGCGUCGACGUGGUCGUCACCGGAGUGGGUCUGCUGCAGGCUCUGGCUGUGGAUCCCGGCGCCGGCCUGGACCACGAAGUUCUGCACUCCAAAGAGGACUUGAAGGAAGCAUUCAUCCAUUACAUGGGCCACGGGGCAGCCGCCGAGCGCUUCUUCAGCGACAAAGAGGUCUUUCAGAGGAUCGCACGUGCCGCAGCAGAAUACCCCGGUGCGAAGCUGUAUGUGGGAGGGAACGCUGCCCUCAUUAGUCAGAAGCUCGCCUCCUUCUCCGAUCUGAUGGUUUUGUUAUGUGGGCCAGUUGGUCCUAAACUUCACGAGAUGCUGGACGAGCAGAUAGUCGUUCCCCCAGAUUCUCUGCAGGAGACGGACGAAUAUCACCUCAUCCUGGAAUAUAAAGCAGGUGAAAAGUGGGGCUCAACUCUGGCACCUCAAGCCAACCGCUUCAUCUUCUCCCACGACGUGUCCAACGGCGAGAUGAGCUCACUGGAGACGUUCGUGGCGAGUCUGGAGGAGUUUCAGCCCGACCUGGUGGUCCUGUCGGGGCUCCACAUGAUGGAGGGUCAGGGCAGAACGCUGUGGGAGGAGCGGCUGAAAGAGGCAGUGUCAGCCAUAUCUGAAAUCCGCAAAGACAUCCCCAUCCACCUGGAGCUGGCGAGCAUGACCGACAGAGACUACAUGAACAGCAUCAUGCAGGAGCAGGUUAUGCCCAUUGUCAGCUCCAUCGGGCUGAAUGAGCAGGAGCUGCUCUUCCUCUCUCAGGCCGGUGAGGGACCUCACGCAGAUGCGGCCUGGAAAGGCAUCCCGGACGUGGGCCGCGUCAGCGACAUCCUCCUCUGGAUCCUGGAGCAGCACGGCCGCACGGACCCGUCGUCGGAGGCGGAUCUCACGCGCAUUCACUUCCACACGCUGGUCUACCACAUCCUGGCAACAGUGGACGGAUACUGGGGGAACCAGGCGGCGGCGGUGAUGGCCGGAGCGCGAGUGGCCAGCUGUCAGGCCUGCGGUCUCCAGUCCGUUGACGUUAGCAAAGUGGAGCUCAAAGCCCCACUGGAGUUUCACAGCUCGCACUUUGAGCCGCGGGAGAAGUUGUCCCUGAACCCAGCAGAGCCUGUUGCAGUGUGGCGCCGCGGCAACGUCACCUUCCACCUCACACCCGUACUGGUCUGCAAACAGCCGCUUCGGACAGUCGGCCUUGGGGACGCCAUCUCGGCGGAGGGACUCGUUUAUUCCGAGUUAAAGACCCAGCAGCCCUUCUGAGGUCUGUGCUUCAACCUGACGCUCUUUGUCUGGGAGAUGUUGUUAGGAUGAACUGAAAAAGACCCGGUGACGUUCCGCCUGCAGCUGCGGUUGCUGGGUCGGUCAUGUUUUCUGAACCAGGUAGUGCGUCGUCCUUCCCACAGCUCCUCAGAGUGUAAGAAUGUGAUCGGUGGCGACAGUUUUAAAUCCUGCCGGAUGACUCCUCCAGCCUGCUUCGGGUUCCUCUAUGCUCUCUCUCCUGUAUCUGACCAGGCUGUGAGGUGGCCGAACUCUUUGCACAUGGCACAGAUAAAAGCCAUCUUCACAAACUCCCUAAAGAGGUUUGUUGGCUCACCUAAUUUACUUUGACCUGCAUAUCGGCAGCACACUGUGCCUUGGGGAAAUAAAAUAAUAGCUAUUAUUCAAUAUUUUAUUCCUAUUUCAGAGCCAAACAAACUUAAUAAUAGUUUUCACGUGAGUUAUCCCUCAGAGAUAUAUAAACACACAGAUCAGUAGCUGAUGAGGGUCUUAAUAUACAGUAGAAUCUCAGUGGUAUUCUUGAUGUUCUUUGUUUCUCACCUUUCAGUGUAGUCAACGUCAAAAUAGUCUCAAGAACAUUUGAACAUUCACUCUCCGUAUCCGACUUUCGCAGAUAUACUUGACAUUUUUGUUACUUGUCCUCAGAGGAUGAAAAAUCCGCGAGUGUGUGACAGCUUUUGUGUUUUUUCAGUUAUUUGGUCCAAACACUCCCACUUUAAAGAUGUUUUGGAAACUCUGACAACAGCACAGACAACCGUCGACUCCGAUGCAGAGUCCUUUUUUGAUCGACUAACGUUACACGUAUAAAUGCCAACUUAAAACAUGAUUUUAAAUGGGAUUCUCAUGUAUGUAGUAAAGCUCCGUUUACAAUCUGAUGUCAGCUAAUUAAAACUAUUCAGUUGGCAAUAAGUUGAAGGUUAAAAUAAAAUUUUAAACUGGUGUCGGUCAUAUGUUAUCAGGGUUACUUACUUGUUUGUUUGCUUCCUGUUUUGUUUGUACAAAAUUCUUUUCAGCUAUUGCUCUCCCUCACUUCUAAAAUGUGAUGAUGUGAUUGGCUGGAAAUUCUUAAACGCUUCCAGUGUAACAAACUGCAAGUCAGAUUCCUGUUUCAAUUUCUAUCAUAUCAGUAAAUUAUGCAUAUUCAUGGGUUGCUGUUUUUUUGUGAGUUUACUUCGACGCCUGAAUCAUGUACGAUGUACAGUAAGUUCCGAUCAGAACAAUGUGUUUGUAUACCUCAAAUGGCCACUGACGGCAUGCAAUAAUAUUGGAGUCUUAAUGCAGACAUUGACCCACAAGAUGUGUGGUAUUUAGCAGAUUUAAUUCUUUGCACUAGUAGGAAGUGGCAGGUGUUCCUGCAAAGGUGAAUGUAACCUUAACCCUUUCCCACUCCCACCCAUUUAUUUUAAGCAAGUACAAUCUAUUCGACCUUACUCAUUUCAUUGUGUCAUGUUUUUUACAUUUGUAACUGUCAACAGGUUUCAUUUACUUGUAGUUUGUCAUUAAAAUCUUCAUGGACAGUA